AUGAUUAUAAAACGCCUGUCGUCUGGCGCCGCCCCAGCUCCGAUCCAAGGAAUCCGCGCCAGUCCGCCCAAGAAGACUCCAACAGCGCCGAGAGCCGAGAGAACCCCAGGAUUGCUUCCAGACCGCCAAAGAUCGCUUCCAAACUAUGAAUCUGUUUGUGGCACUUCUUCGCUCUUCUGGGGAAGCUGGAUGCGCGCCACGAGCCCACCAGCGCCGCUUCUGCUGCGGCGCGCGCUGCUCCGUUUAGGGGCAGGCGGCGCGCGGCUGGCGCCACCGCCCGCCGCGCGCUGCCGCGCGCGCGCUGCCGCCUCCGCAGGGCGGGUCCUCGUCCUCGCGCUGCUGCUCCCAAGCAGCAGGAGGGGAACCGCGGCAGUCAAGCAGUGGCGAAGCGUCCCAGCUCGCAAAUAG